AUGUCCAUGAAAGCCGUUGUAUACAAGGGCCCCUUUGAGGUGGCCGUGGAGGAGGUUCCCCUCCCCACUAUCCAGCACCCAGCGGACGUCAUUGUUCGGAUCACCAGCAGUGCCAUUUGUGGCUCUGAUCUGCACAUGUACGAAGACCGCACAGCAGCCAAGGCCGGACUCAGGUUCGGUCAUGAGAACAUGGGUAUCGUCGAGGAGCUUGGCUCGGGUGUGACUGUACUCAAGAAGGGCGACCGAGUUGUUAUGCCCUUCAAUGUGGCCUGUGGCUCUUGCUUGAACUGCCAGACGAACAAGACUGCGUUCUGCACAAACGUCAACGAAGGCUUCGCCGGAGGCGCAUACGGCUACGUCGCGAUGGGUCCUUACCACGGUGGCCAAGCAGAGAGGAUCCGUGUCCCCUUUGCAGACUUUAACGCCCUAGUCCUGCCCCCCGGAAGCGAGCACGAGGCCGACUUCAUGAUGCUCGCCGACGUCUUUCCCACAGGCUACCACGGCUGCAUUCUAUCCGGUCUCAAGCCCGGCGAGUCUAUCGCAGUAUGGGGCGCUGGCCCCGUGGGCUUGAUGGCAGCAUACUCUGCUCGCUUGAUGGGAGCAGCAGACAUCUACGUCAUUGACCGAGUGCCGGAGCGACUGGCCCUGUGCAAGAAGUUCGACGGGAUCCCCAUCGACUUCAGUAAGGGCGAUGCGGUGGAUGCGAUUCUGAAGAUGCGAGGAGGCAAGGAAGUGGAUCGAUGUGUAGAUGCUGUUGGUUACCAGGCCGUUACCCAAGAUGGAAAGACGGAGCAGGUCAACAUCGUCUUGAACCAGAUGGUACGGGCCGUACGCGCCUGUGGAGGUCUCGGUAUCCCCGGACUUUACGUCCCCACUGACCCCGGAGCGAGCGACGAGCACGCCAAGCUUGGACAGCUCAUGUUCCCCUUCGGCAAGUUCUUCGAGAAGGGCCUUUCCAUGGGAACGGGUCAAGCCAAUGUGAAGACCUACAAUCGCCAGCUGAGAGACCUCAUCGUCGCCGGCAUCGCCAAGCCCUCGUUUAUCGUCUCGAACGAGGUGGGCCUCUCUGCUGCACCGGAUGCAUAUGUCAAGUUCCAGAAGCGUGUAGAGGGCUACUCAAAGGUCAUCCUCAAGCCCUAA